AUGGCAAAUUGGUCGGAGAUUAAGAAUUUAGCUGAGCAGCUUAAACGUGUUCAAGCUUCAGAAAGUGCAAACUGUCUUUCAGAUCGUAUUUGUGUUGAUAUUGUCAGUUAUCUCAUUAAUUCUGGUCGCCUUCAGAUUUAUCGUACUAACGACGGUCGCACUCUCCUAACAAAGAAUGAACUCUUUACUGAGAUUAUUGAAGAACUUGAUACCCAUAGAGGGCGUAUAUCACUAUUGGAACUCGCUGAUAACUUGGAAGUUGAACAUGCAGUUGUUGAAUCCCAUGUUCAUGAAAUGCUAGCAAAUUUGGGAAAUUAUUAUGACGAGCAAUGUGUUCUUAUUGCUGGUGAAUUAAUGACAAAGAGCUACAUCAGACGAGUUGCUGAAGAGAUUCGUGAUCGCUUAGAAUUCCGUGGAGUUAUGACUGUCACAGAUCUUGCUCGUUCUUAUAACUUUUCCUCACAGUUCCUUGUGUCUAUUAUAAAUGAGUACAAUGGAACGCUUUUCCAAAUACAACGAGAUGGAGAUAGAUUGUGUACCCAAGUGUUUAUUUCUAAGCAAAAAUCAAAGGUGUGUGGUUAUCUUUCAGCUGUUGUCACUCCUGUUUCCGUUGCUGACUGUGCCACCAAAUUGGAUAUUGCGCAAAAAGUUUUGACCGACAUCAUUGAAUCUCUCAUUUCUAGUGGAAGUAUAAGGGGUUUUCUCACUGCGGAAAGGAGUAUCUUUACCCCGACAUGUUAUCAACAGUCUCAAGACAAGUACAUUGUCGAUUUCCUCAAACAGAAUGGUUAUAUUGAAUGGUCUAUUGUUCAGCGUAUUGGGAUCUCUGAUCCAUCAUCCUAUCUUCGCCAGCGUUUUCCCUCAGCUAUUCACACCAAAGAGUUCACAAUCAACGAGUCUGUGGUCUCACAAAUCAAAUCUGUUCUUGAAGAUGUGACCCCCGAUACUCAUUGGAUUGAUGUGUCAAACUACCUGCCACAAGUUUUUGGAGCUCAGGAGAGAGAAUGGUUGAUCAAACCGCUCAUCAAUAAAUUGGAUUAUGUCCCACUUGACGGUUACAUGUACCUCUAUACUGCAACUCGAUUAGCUGAACUCGCCUCCUGUUUUGAUGAUUACAUUCGAAAACAAGCUACAGUGGCUGCUUUAGAUCAGAGAAAAAAGGUUGGAGCCAAACCUAGCGGACAAUCUGCAGCAAAAAAUGAAGAGUCAAUUAUAAAGGCUGUUGAUAAGAACAAGGGCAAGACGGGUGGUUUGGGUAGUAGAGCUCGUGAAAUUAAAACCAAGAAUGUAAAAAAGAAGUACUUUAAAAAGAAUGCUGAUAUUGAAGAGGAUGACAAUCAGUCCGAUAUUAAUGUCGACUCCUAUUUACCUCGAGAAAAUCUCCUUCCUCUAUUGAGUACUGCUGUUGGCACUAAGGCCCCUGAAGAUCUUGUUGAAUGUCUUCUUGAUCACCUCCUUCCACAGAUUCAUGAAUCCUUCUUGUCCCUUGUCAAGUCAGUUUACUUGCAGACUGCGGAUUCGUCUAAAAAUCGGGAUAAAUGCCGUAUUGAAAAGGAUUCUCUCGUUUCAACUGUUCUCUCCAUUCAGCUUUUGGAACGUGGAAGCUUGGCAGUUGACGAUGCUGAUCUUCGAACCCAGUUAAUUCGACAACUUCUGCGUAGCGAGGUCUCUACAUUUGUUCAUCGCCUCUACCUUUUAUUUGCUCAAAACUAUGAUAUUGAAUGGCCCAAACGAACCAAAGGAGGUGAAGAGAUUUCCCCCAGUGAGAUAACAAGCCAACAAAGAGAUUCUCUAGCUAGUAUUGCUAGCAAAAUGGCUGCCGGGAGUGUUAAAGAGGCUGUAUCGCUGCUUCAGCAAAUCAAUGCUUGCCUUCGAGCUAAUGCAGAACUUCCAGAGUCGACUGGUCUUCCUCUGGAUGAGGUUUUCGCCCUGUCUGAUGAUCUGGCUAGUUGUCACCUGGGUAUCAACCUCUCGGUGUCUCUUCUUCGCAGCGGCGCCUCUAAACGCAAGCGAGAAGAUCGGGUAUUGGCAUUUGAGAUUGCAAAGCAAACAGAAGAGCAGUUGGUGGCUGCAGCUAAGAGUGACGACGAUAACUACUUGGCUGCUGUAACCUUGGCUGGAACGGCUCUCUUUGCCCAGUGUAUUGCUGGGUGUCCCGUGCCUGUUCAUGGUAAACUGGUUCCCAAGAUUUGCUCUUGGAUCACAAAGAAGUUGGCCAAACCCCCGAAUAACUCUUCAUCAUAUGCCUCGGCGAUGAAUUUUUUGAGAGAAAGCAAGGCUUCUGAAAAGUUGAACCGAUUAACGGAGAUUGUGAUGCUUGAAGCUAAAUGUCAUGGUGGCGAGAGUGGAGUUCCGCAAGAGGAGAAAAGUAGCCUUGUGGACGAGCUGGUCGUAGUGGCUUCUGGAUGUAUUAAAGCUAUGCAGGGUACUUCUCCUACACCUACUGCGUAA